AGCUCCCCACUUGCAGAACUUUUUGUCACAUCGCAUCGGCCAAGCACUGAAGUUCUACGAAAGUAACAAAAUGGGUUGCUUCGAAUGCUGCAUCAAGUGUCUGGGCGGCGUGCCCUACGCCUCCCUGGUGGCCACCAUCCUCUGUUUCUCGGGCGUGGCUCUGUUCUGCGGGUGUGGUCAUGUGGCGCUGACCGGCACACUGACCAUGCUGGAGAACCACUUCUCCCAGAUCACCACUGACCACGCCACCCUCACCAUCGUGAUCCAGACCAUGCAGUACGUCAUCUAUGGCAUCGCCUCCUUCUUCUUUGUUUAUGGGAUCAUCCUGCUGGCUGAGGGCUUCUACACCACCAGCGCCGUCAAGAAGGAGCUGCAGAGCCAGUUCAAGACCACCGUGUGUGGCCGCUGCAUCACAGCCACGUUUGUGUUCCUUACAUAUAUCCUGGCCCUGGCCUUCCUGGGGAUCUUUGGCUUCUCAGCCAUCCCAGUCUUCCUCUUCUACAACAUGUGGACUACCUGUGCUGCCAUGAAGUCCCCCAUGGCCAACAUCACCGAUCCGGACUCCAUCUGUGUGGAUGUCAGGCAGUACGGUAUUAUUCCAUGGAACGCGACACCCGGCAAAGCCUGCGGAUCUACACUAGGAGACAUCUGUAGCACCAGCGAGUUCUACCUGUCUUUCCACCUGUACAUUGUUGCGUGUGCUGGGGCAGGCGCCACCCUCAUUGCAUUGCUGAUCUACAUGAUGGCCACCACGUAUAACUAUGCUGUUCUCAAGUUUAUGAGCCACGGCAACCGCCGCUCCACAAAGUUCUCAGAGUCAUAUUAGCGAGCGAGAGAGUGAGAGAAAUGGUAGAAAGCGAGAGAGCAAAAAAAAAAGAAAGACGGUGAAAGGAAGAAAGAAAGAUGGAGAGAAAGAAAGACCGAUGGUGGGGAGGAGAGUAUGUACUGUAGCAUAUAGAGAAACGUACACUACUGUUAACAUAAUACAGAUAGAUCUAUGUGCCUGUGCGUCCAAGCCUAUUGCCACACACGCCUUUUGAACCACACUGAGGGGACUAGUGAGUGCAUGAUUAGCCAACAUGGCUGAGGUCCCUCACAAUCUCUCUCCAGACAGGAUAUGUACCUAGAAGUACUGAUCCAGUACAGUACCAUGUGGGACCACCAGUCAAGGCUAUGGUGAGGUUGACCAGUUCAUUCAAGUAGAGCAGGCACAUAGCAUUGAGGAUGGAUGGAUCCAUACAAAGGGACGGCGCCAGUGUAAGAACAAGGGAAUAUUUGUGUUGCUGUAUCUAGCUUCAGAUUACUGUAAUAUUCUGUAGUUAUUCUAAUCGAAGGAUAUAGUUCUUUUCAACGACACUUCAAUAUCUUUCCCCCAAGUGCCAACUGUCUAGCUUGAAGUUAGUCUUUUUUAGCCUGUUUAGGCUAGUGUCUCUUUGUGAUAUUUGU